UCUUCCCUCCUCCACCACUCCGACACGCGCCCUCGCCACCAUUAUCCCCGCCUAACCUCGUACGACACCCCCAGCCGCAAUGUCACGCGUUCCGUCCGGCCACGCCGGCGGCGCUCCCCUCCCAUCAAUGUACUACCAGCCAGGCAUCCACCCAGGCGCCGUACCUCCCGGUGUCCCAAUGCAAGGAGGCUACGUCGAUCCAUCCUACUCCGCAUACCGUGCUCAAGGUCUCCCAAAUGGCGCACCCAUCCACCCAUCACAAGCUUCUCCCUAUGGCCCAGCAGACGCCUACAACGCUAUGGCUGGGCCGAGCCGCGACGCGUACGGCGCCUACCGCAACGUCUCUGCUCCAGAUCCUCGAGGGGAUCCUCGCGCCGCCGCUCUCGGUUUCGGUAAACCGCCUAUAAACAUGGCUGCUCACAGCUACGAGUCCGUAAAGUCGGGCAGUGCCAGUGGCCCGGGCAACGGGGCGAGCGGGGGUGCGAAUGACACGCCGGCGGGGUCCGGUGGGGGCCAGCAACCGGGUCCGUCCGAGUUUAUCAAGAAGCUCUUCAAAAUGCUCGAGGACGAGAGCGCAACUUAUGGCAGAGGCAAGCCCGCAGGCGCUCCACGCUCCAAGGGCGAGCGAGGUAGCGUUGGCUGGGGCCGCGGCGGAACGAGCUUUGUCGUCUGGGAUAUGAACGAGUUCACCACCAAGGUCUUGCCACAGACGUUCAGGCAUUCCAACUUUUCUUCCUUCGUCCGUCAGCUCAACAAAUAUGGCUUCUCCAAGAUCAAGCAUGUCGAUGAGGAGACGGGACAGAUCAAGGAGAAUGUGUGGGAGUUCCAGCACCCCAACUUCCAGGCGGGAGGGAAGGCAGACCUGGACAGCAUCAAGCGCAAGGCGGUCGUGCCCAAAAAGGCUGCUGGUGACGACCGCAGCGACUCGCCUGCACGAGGACUGUCGACCGAGGAUGUCAACCGCAUGAUGGAGAUGGAGAGCAGAAUGAUCGCCCUCGAAGAAGCACUCUACAAGUCUCAGGAGCAGCUGCGGGAUGCUCGCAUCCGUGAGAACGGUGUUAUGACUAUCAUGCGCGAGCUCGUCGCUCACGUUGUCACCACGGACAAGGAGAAUCCUUCACCGCCAGACUCGGACGCCACCGCCCGAGUCCGCAGGAUCUACCAAGUGUGGGAACAGGUAGCUCAGGCUCACACCCUCCCAUCCCAUGCUGGAGGCGCGGCGUUUGGUUCUGGAGCGCCGAUGGCCGGCUUCCCGCCUACCGUUUAUGGAACGCCCGCGCCCAACGCCUACGGUGCUGCUUCGCUUCCUUUUCCGGGCGUAGAGGGCUCGCGCCUUCCUCUACCAGUCCAUAACCGGCGCGUGGUUCCCAACGGGCGCGGCAAUAGCGCUGGCUUGCCCCCUGUUGCGACAACGAGUCCAACGUCGAGACAGCCUGCUCAGACGAUGACCUCGACGCCCCAGCUUCCCGAUGAUUCGAAAAUGCCCCAGCAAACGCAGCUCUACAACGGCAGCCCAAUGAACGCCGCCUAUCCCACCAUGCAGGAUGGAAACACUGUCAACGGUGUACCGAUCCGUAAGCCCGGUGAAAGCACAUCGCUGAGCUUCGUUGUGGAUGGGAUGGGCGGCCAAGGGCCUCAGCUCAAUGCAACGGGCGGCUCGAUCGAGGAGCAACAACAACAACAACAACAACAGCAGCAGCAGCAACAACAACAACAACAGCAACAGCAACAGCAACAGGCCAAACAGCAGCAGCAGCAGCAGCAGCAGCAGCAGCAGCAACAACAGGCAGAACUCAAUGUAUCGGGUCCCGCGGGCAUGCCCAGCGUGGAUGCAGACGCGCCUACACGGUCAUCGACGACGUACGGCGCCAUGCCUAUGCAACAGCCACAGCCACCACAGGUACCUUCAGCGCAGAUCUCCGUGCCCGGCCAACAAGAAGCCUCUGGCGCUGCAGUGGCUCGUCGCACACCGAUGAAGCCGUCAUGGACGCAGACGCCCCGUAUUCUCGUUGUGGAGGAUGAUCUCGUCUACCGCCAGCUGUCUUCCAAAUUCCUCGAGAAGUUUGGCUGUGUCGUUGAAACAGUCGAGAAUGCCCAGCAGGGUAUCGAGAAAAUGAACAAAACCAAGUACGACCUGGUUCUGAUGGACAUCUUCUUCGGUCCAAGCAUGGAUGGUCGCAAGGCGACAUCCCUUAUUCGCCAGUUUGACUCGUACACUCCGAUUAUCUCCAUGACAUCAAACGUGCAGACGAAGGACGUCGAGUCGUACAUUCACUCGGGCAUGAACGAUGUCCUAGCCAAGCCGUUCACGAAGCAUGGCCUGUUCUGCAUCCUCGACAAACAUCUCAUUCAUCUAAAGGCGAUUCAGUUGAGCGGCGAGGUUCCACGCUUUGCCGGCGUCCCGCCGUUGUCAGACCAGGGCAUCAUGGAUGCGAUUGCGACGAGUGCCGCGCAAUGGGAGCCGAACGGCGACGAGCUUGCCAACCCACUCGCCGGCAGUGGCUGGUCUGACGACCAGUACCAGCUUGUCCUACAGGUGGGUGGUACGAGAAGGGCUUUGGCUGACUGUAGCAAUUCUUGGCGACUGGUUCAAUGGACUCGACAGGAUUGCCCACUGCCACGACAACACUCAUCAACGGCCCCGGUGGCCAGGCGUUGAUGGGAGCAACGACGAUUAUCCCAAAUGCGGGCUUUGCCAUGUCGCGCAAGCGGUCGAUCGAGAUGGUGGACGACGACUGGGACGAGCAGGCCAACAAGCGUGCCAACACUUCGUAUGUGCAGAUGGGGGCUGGC